AUGGUUUGUAUACUUGGGAUCGAAGGUUCAGCGAACAAGAUUGGGGUAGGAAUUGUCCGAGACGGUGAGGUCUUGUCAAAUCCCCGUGCCACUUUCCAUGCUCCACCCGGAGAAGGCUUUCGGCCUAGCGAAACAGCGCAACAUCAUCGCCAACAGAUUCUAAAAAUAUUGACGCAAGCUUUAAGUGAUGCCAAAAUCAGAGAGCCAGAAAAAGAGAUUGAUGCUAUUGCCUUCACGAAAGGUCCAGGCAUGGGAGCACCUUUGCAGGUCGGUGCUAUAGUCGCUCGCACAUUGUCGUUGACCUGGUCUGUGCCGCUCAUUCCUGUUAAUCACUGCAUUGGUCACAUAGAGAUGGGACGACUUAUCACGGGUGCACAUAACCCUGUGGUGUUGUAUGUUAGUGGCGGGAACACGCAGGUGAUUUCCUAUUCGCACAAUAAAUAUCGUGUAUUUGGCGAAACAAUUGAUAUCGCUGUAGGUAAUUGUUUGGACAGAUUUGCGCGGGUCGUUAGGCUACCGAAUGAUCCUAGCCCGGGAUAUAAUAUCGAGCAGGCAGCCAAGAAAGGUAUGCUCAUUUUGAUUUUCCGGUUGAUCUACGCUACAACCAAGAACUUUACCUAUUGGAGCAGUUUUUGGCAGUUUACAGAGUUUCGUCUUAUUGGGAACUAG